AAUUUCAUCGUAUUUUUUUACUCCGAUAUUUGUGAACCGAUGUCGAAGACUUUAUUUGUUGGAAAAGGGGCCUCACUAGUGAUCCCAUUCAAAUUUGAAGAAAAUAUUAUCAUAACAGUCAUAUUUUGUCCACAGAUGGCGUUGACGUGCGACUGCCCGAUGUCGCAGCCGGGCCCAACUUUGGCCGCGACUUGUGGCGGAGGGGCAUUCAUGCUCUUCAUGGGGCUGCUCGAGGUGUUCCUAAGAAGCCAGUGCGACUUAGAGGAUCCCUGUGGACGUGCACAGUUUCGUCGGCACAUGGACUCCGUAUACGACUUCAUUGUGAUCGGUGGAGGAUCAGCGGGCUCCGUGGUAGCAGCUAGACUUUCUGAAGUACCGCAAUGGAGGGUUCUGCUGCUUGAAGCAGGUUUCGACGAACCGACAGGAACACAAGUUCCUUCAAUGUUCCUGAACUUUAUAGGCUCCAGCAUCGACUGGGGUUAUCAAACGGAGCCUGAGCCCGCAGCUUGUCUUGGAGAGACUGAUAGAAAAUGCUAUUGGCCUAGAGGAAAGGUGCUUGGCGGUACAUCAGUAAUGAACGGUAUGAUGUACAUGCGAGGUUCGCGCAAGGACUACGACGAAUGGGCAGCAGCAGGCAACGAAGGCUGGUCCUACGAUGAGGUCCUCCCGUACUUCCUCAAAUCCGAAGACAACAAGCAAAUCGAGGCUAUGGACCAGGGGUAUCAUGCGACUGGAGGACCAUUGACUGUCGCUCAGUUCCCGUAUCAUCCGCCUUUGAGUUACGCUAUUGUGAAAGCUGGAGAAGAAUUAGGUUACCCAGCUAGAGACCUAAAUGGAGCACAACAUACCGGUUUCUCAAUCGCCCAGACAACCAACCGUAAUGGUUCCCGUCUGUCCGUCGCCCGCGCAUUCCUACGACCCGUUAAGAAUAGACAAAAUCUUCACGUCAUGCUAAAUGCAACUGUUACUAAGAUAUUGAUCAAUCAGACGACGAGAACGGCGUAUGCUGUGGAAGUCAGAAACAGUUUUGGUGGCACUGAAGUCAUAUAUUCUAACAAUGAAAUUAUUUUGAGUGCAGGAGCAGUGGCAUCACCCCAAAUCCUGCAACUGAGCGGAGUCGGUGACCCAGCAGUCCUCAAUAAUGCCGGCGUGAAGCUUGUUCAUCGUCUCCCUGCCGUAGGACACAACUUGCACAACCAUGUGGCUCAUUUCCUUAACUUCCAAAUCAAUGAUAAUAACACUACGCCACUCAACUGGGCCACGGCCAUGGAAUAUUUGCUGUUUAGGGAUGGACUGAUGUCUGGGACUGGUAUAUCCGAAGUGACCGCCUUCAUAAACACAAAGUACUCAAAUCCAGCGGAAGAUCAUCCCGACAUCCAGCUAUUCUUCGGCGGCUUUCUGGCUGACUGCGCCAAAACAGGCAUGGUUGGAGAACGUUUGGACAACGGGUCUCGGACCAUCCAGAUUAUUCCGACGGUGCUGCAUCCCAAAAGCAGAGGGCGGUUGGAAAUACGAUCAGCUAAUCCGUUUGAUUAUCCCAAGAUUCAUGCCAACUACCUAACCCACCCAGAUGACGUAAAAACCUUAAUCGAAGGUAUCAAAUUUGCUAUCAGACUGUCAGAGGCGAAAGCCCUGAAGAGGUUUGGUGUGCAACUGGAUAAAACACCAGUGAAAGGGUGCGAGAAGAUAAAGUUUGGCUGUGACGCAUACUGGGAGUGCGCGGUGAGGAUGCAGACGGCACCGGAGAAUCAUCAGGCGGGAUCCUGCAAGAUGGGACCUAGGGGAGAUCCCAGUGCUGUCGUUGAUAAUUUACUGCAGGUGCAAGGCAUUGACCGCCUGCGCGUGGCGGACGCCAGCAUAAUGCCCGCUGUUACUACGGGCAACACCAAUGCUCCCACCGUCAUGAUUGCAGAGAAGGUGUCCGAUUUCAUUAAACAGCGAUGGCUGGGGACUACUACUACCCCUCUGGGCGAUGGCGGUGAGUCCAACGUGCUAACAGCCAGCGACUCGCAGCAAAACAACAUUUGGCAGCGGUGGGCCUGACCCAGACCGAAACCCAAGAUGUUGUUCAAUGUCAGGCGAGACAGAAGACGGUACAUUGACAAGAGGAAGAUAUAUGGAAAUAAUACGCAGCCAUAUUUGUCAGCUACAACUCAGGAUGUCAAGGAACAUAAACAUACUAUUAUCAAAGUACUGAAACCGGAUAUAUAUCCAAAACUUAUUAGGAUAUGAUACGGGGGACUGCAAGUUAAAAGGCGCAGCAGAUAAAAGGAUAAGGGAGAUGCCACACACGGGCGUUGCGUCGGCGUUGCAUUGUCGCAACUGCGUUGAUU